UGGCGAGCCUCGGCAAAAGGCAGGCAUCCCGGUCACAAGUUCCGAAUGACAAUCACGUCGCGCUUCUCCGGUCCAACAACACCCAGCCUUGCUGCAUACAACCAACGUUCGCUUGAUACGAUCCAAUUGCUGUUCUGACUAGACCUCCAGAUUCUCAAAAUGGGUGGCCUGAAGAACGAAACCAAAUCACAGUCCCCGGACGCGCCCUCAACCUCACCAAGCGCAGAGCUGAGCGCCGAACAAUGCACGUCACACGAAGAGACACUUAAGCAAGCCAGGAAAUUCCUGCAAGAUGACCAAGUACAGAACACGACGCCAGAACGCAAAGCCGAGUUUCUCAAGAGCAAGGGCCUUUCCGACGCCGAUAUUGAGGAGCUACUAAAGGAGAUCUCUCAAGAUGCGCGGCCAGAGUCACAAGCAUCAAGUCAAAUUGAAGAACAAAAGAUAGAAACUCCUCUCUCGAAGAAGGAAGACCGGCCACCUAUUGUCACCUAUCCAGAGUUUCUCACGAAGCCUGCACGGCCACCACCCCUCGUAACUGUCAAUGGCUUCCUCAAUACCCUCUACGCUUUCGGCGGCCUAUCAGCGCUUGUAUACGGCGCAAGCAAGUAUGUGGUCGAGCCCAUGGUCAACACGCUUACGGAAGCGCGGAUUUCUUUCCACGACACCGCCAAUCAAGACCUUGCAAAGCUGGUCUCGAAACUAGAAAGCAUCGUCUCCGAGAUCCCAGCCCCGAAACCCAAGCCAAGUUCCGCCCAAGAUGACGAUGCAACGAGCAGCUACGACGACCCGACCGAGCUCUUUCACCGCGAUAUAGGCGUGCAGACUUCCCUUCCGACCUCCCCCUCCCCCGAGCCAUCCCAACCCCACAAGGAGAGCGCCACAACCAUUCACAACCGCCGCCUUAGCUCUCUCAUAACCUCUCUGAGAUCGCUCAACGAAGGACUUAUUGACCACACAGAGUCCCUCGGCGACGUGCAGACGGUUCUAGAUAUACUCAAGCAGGACCUCGACAAGCUGAGUAGUGCAGCGGCAGCAACCGAUUUUGUGGGCGGGUUCUCGCUGUACGGGCCGUCCGGUAAGAACGAGCCGGACGAUGAAAUUAAGAGGGCGAAGGAGAAUAUCAGGCGGGUCAAAGGGGUGCUGUUGAGCACGAGAAGCUUCCCGGCGAGCAGGUAAAUCGCCCCUUGGGAUUGCAGACGUCGGGCGGUGUGGACACUGGGGUGCGGAGGCUGCUGUGUGGUCGCCACCGAUAGCCACGCUGCAGUCCUACGGAGCUUCGCAUCAUUUGUGAGGAAAAGGGGCUCAUGCAGAACUACAAUCCAUGGUUUGCUCUUCGUGAGUUGUGGGCUUCUUGAGCUGCUUGCCAGGGCCCACUGGCUGGGUUGCUUAAAGCGGGUGCAGGCCGACUUCCCACACAGAAACGCUACUGCAGCUGAAGAGGGGCUGUCAUGAGGUGAUCAAGCAGAUGGUUCCGGCGUGAGGAUGGGCAAUGCGUACUUGAACGAACUGCUGUGGUACGCUACACUAU